CGGAGCGGGGCCGGCGCGCCGGACCAGGAGCGGGGCACGUGCAAUAGCUGACCCCGGUCAUCAAUGGCGGCGGCGACAGAGGGCGACGCCGAGGGUGGUGUGCGGUACCAGCCCGUGGCCGUGGGCGAGCAGCCGGCCGAUCCGAGCGGAGCCCGGCCGGCCCGGACAAGGCAGUACUACUUCAGGAAGAUUGCGCUUCGCACCAUGGCCAUGCUGCUCCUUCUGUGCACCAUAUUUGGCCUGGUCUACGUCGUGGCGACGGUGCAUGACCCGGCGCCAGAGCUGGCCCUGCCGCCAGUCGUGCGGCCCUGGGACGCGCCGCCAGAGAGGCCCAUCCGCGUACCCGGUCUGCACAGCCACGGCAGUCACGGCAGCCACGGCACUCUCGGCAUCAUGAACGGCGGCGCCGCCAAGCCCGGACAGUUCCCGUGGCUUGUCGACAUCCAGGUCAUUGACACAGGUCAGAGCAAGUGCGCAGGAUCCCUGAUUGACCCAAACUGGGUCAUCACUGCCGCCCACUGCGUGUCAACCAUGCCGUCGGCCGACCUCCGGAUAGUGAUGGGAGAGCACGACAUCGCCCUGCACGACGAGUUUGAGCAGAUCAGCUCAAUCAAGAAGGUGGUGAUCGAGCCCGACUUCAGUACGCGCGCCGCGCUGCCGAACGACAUCGCUCUGCUUCAGCUGGAGACCCCGGCCGUGUUCAACGAGCGGGUGACUGCCAUCCAGCUGACCAGAGAUGACUCCAGCUUCUCGGCGUGCUCGGUGGCCGGCUGGGGCGCCGCCGGCGUGGACCCGGUCACCGGCCAGCCUGUCUACCCCACCGCCCUGCAGACGGUUAACAUGACCCUGCUGAGCCGCGACGCCUGCCAGAGCCAGCUAAUCGGCUACGUCAUCACGGUCAACAUGACGUGCGCCGAGGGCGAGGACGGCGCCGACGUGUGCUGGGGCGACUCCGGCGGCAGCCUCACCUGCCCGCCGAUCGCCGCCCCCGCGCCCUGGACGCUGGUCGGCGUCACAUCAUGGGGUGUCGCCUGCGGCUACAUGCAGUACCCGUCCGUGUACACGCGCGUGAGCCGCUUCAUCCCGUGGAUUGAGGCGGUGACAGGCGUAGUGGUGCCGCCGGCCCCAGCGAGGUAGCGCGGCGGACAUGUGCGGGCGGGGGGCCACGACACGGACCGGCUGGUGACGAUUGGCUAUUUCAGGUACAUAAGUGCACUUCAGUGUUUUGAAAUGCGUUCGUCGCCCUUUUUACAAACCGUUGAACUGUCGAAUCCUUAAGCCCUUGAACCAAACUGAGCUUGGAAUGCAAAAAAUGCCCCUCAUUAAAAGUUGUGUUGUCAUGAGUCGUAUUUCACGAACUCAGCAAUAAAACUAAAAUA